CCAACACCCAGGUAAUGUUUUUACAUCCCCUCAUGCCUAUUGUAGGAAGAGGCAAAGAGAUGGGGACCACUUCUGCAAGGCGAGCCACAGUAUCUGGCAGAACCCGCUUUCGUGGCACCAGUGGUACCAUUGUGUUGCCUUCUAUGUUGAUGUUUGGUGUGAUUGUGGCCUCCAGUGGCCUACUCCUCAUGAUCGAGAAGGGGAUUUUGGCAGAGGUAAAGCCUUUGCCAUUGCAUCCCUCCCGUGGACAGCUGACACCCUGGAGGAGAAUUGGCAGUGGCAGGGCAACAUCAGCAACGGAGGAUGUGGGUUAUCAGGUACUGCAGGAUAUCCGUAAUAGGACCAUUUAUACCAUGUGCAGGCAAAAAAAUAUGCCACACAGUAUCUGGGACCUCUCCGUGGGACAUAGGAGAACACUUCUCAAACACAUUUUGGUUAGUGACAAAUACCAAUUUUUGUACUGUUAUGUCCCCAAAGUUGCUUGCUCCAACUGGAAACGAAUUCUUAAAGUUUUAAAUGGUGUACUGGAGAAUGUUGAUGUGAAGUUUAAAAUGGAUCACAAAAAGGACUUGGUUUUCCUAAGUGAUAUGAAACCAGAUGAGAUCCAUUACAGACUGAAGCACUAUUUCAAGUUCAUAUUUGUAAGGGACCCAAUGGAAAGACUUUUAUCUGCUUAUCGGAAUAAAUUUGGAGAGAUCAAAGAAUAUCAGUUAAAGUAUGGUGUGGAAAUUGUCAAAAGGUAUAGGAAGAACCCUGGGAAAACCCUGGGCGAUGAUGUCACAUUCUCUGAAUUCCUUCAAUACCUUUUAGAUGAAGAAGUAGAGAGAAUGAAUGAACACUGGAUGCCCAUAUACAAUUUGUGCCAGCCUUGUGCUGUGACAUACAAUUUCAUUGGUUCCUAUGAAAGAUUGCAUGAAGAUGCUAAUUAUGUCCUUGAAAGGGUUCAGACACCCUCUUUUAUUCGAUUCCCAGAACGACAAGCAUGGUAUAAGCCAGUGACUACUGAAACUUUGAAUUAUUAUCUGUGUAACACUCCUAGGGGGCUCAUUAAAGAGCUGAUACCAAAGUACAUCCUAGAUUUCUCUUUGUUUGCUUACCCUCUUCCAAAUAUUACCAGUGAAUUUUGCAGACAAUGAACUUUUCCUGCUGUGAAACAUGUUCUAUGCAAUUUCUUGAUGUAUACUUUAAAAAAAUAUUUUAAAUGCAUUGCAAUAUAUGUUGUCUUUAUUCAAAAAGUGUCAAGCUUUAUAUGUAUAUUUACCACUCAGUUAAGUACAAUGUUUUUCUUUUAUUAACUGCCUU